AUGUUGCUGCGCGCUUUAAUAUCUAAGCCUGUUAGCAGAGGCUUUUCUGUCUUAUCAUCAUUAAAGGUAACAGAACAUGCAUCAGUAAAACACGCCGAAAAGUCAGGGCACGCUCCCAAAUGUGAAAAUCUAUCAGAGGCUCAGACUGCUUUUUUGGAUCGUGUCAUUCGUGUGGACCAGGCUGGUGAGUUGGGUGCAGAUUAUAUCUACGCUGGCCAAUACUUUGUCUUGGCUCAUAGGUACCCCCAUUUAAAGCCCGUGCUAAAGCACAUGUGGGAUCAGGAAGUACAUCAUCAUAGUACCUUUGACAACUUACAACUGAAAAGGAGAGUCAGGCCCUCCUUAUUGACGCCAUUUUGGAAAGUUGGAGCCUUUGCAAUGGGGGCUGGUACCGCAUUCAUUUCUCCGGAAGCCGCCAUGGCUUGUACUGAAGCUGUAGAAACCGUAAUCGGAGGCCACUACAAUGGUCAAUUGCGAAACCUGGCCAAUCAAUUUGAUCUAGAAAGAACUGACGGAACAAAAGGCCCAAGUGAGGAAAUCAGGUCAUUGACUUCUACCAUCAAACAGUUCAGGGAUGAUGAGUUAGAGCAUUUGGACACCGCUAUCAAGCACGAUUCUUAUAUGGCCGUUCCAUACACAGUUAUUACAGAAGGUAUUAAGAUGAUCUGCAGAGUUGCUAUUUGGAGUGCCGAGAGAGUUUAA